CCUCUCAGGUGCCGGGGCGGCCCGGGGCCCAUGGCGCGGCGGUGGCGCUGACCCAGGCCCGGGCGGCGGCCGGGCCCCGCGGGCCGGCAUGGCGGGGCAGUUCCGCAGCUACGUGUGGGACCCGUUGCUGAUCCUGUCGCAGAUCGUCCUCAUGCAGACCGUGUAUUACGGCUCGCUGGGCCUGUGGUUGGCGCUGGUGGACGGGCUGGUGCGCAGCAGCCCCUCGCUGGACCAGAUGUUCGACGCCGAGAUCCUGGGUUUUUCCACCUCUCCAGGCCGGCUCUCCACGAUGUCCUUCGUCCUCAACGCCCUCACCUGCGCCCUGGGCUUGCUGCACUUCAUCCGGCGAGGGAAGCAGUGUCUGGACUUCACUGUAACUGUCCAUUUCUUUCACCUCCUGGGCUGCUGGUUCUACAGCUCCCGUUUCCCCUCGGCGCUGACCUGGUGGCUGGUCCAGGCCGUGUGCAUUGCACUCAUGGCUGUCAUCGGGGAGUACCUGUGCAUGCGGUCGGAGCUCAAGGAGAUCCCCCUCAACUCAGCCCCGAAGUCCAGUGUCUAGAGUCAGGUCCUUUGGACACCCAGCUGGGCACUUGACACCUUGGGCUGCUCCGACUGUCCAGAUGAGGUCCAGCCCAGGCCUGAGAGGAACCCGGGAAAUGUGAAGUCUCUGUUGGUGUGGGAGAGAGAUGAGGCCCCGUCAAGGAGGCAGGUAGCAGGCAGGAUCACAGCUGCAAGAACGGCCUCUGUCCACUGAAGCCUUGGUAUCUGGGAGGUCGGCAAGGGGGACCUCUUUCAGGGUAAUAACAGAAUCAGAACCAUGUCACUCUUGAGCCACCAUACCUGUCGCCAGCCUGUUAUUUUAAAAAGGAAAAAAAAA